AUGUCUAAGCCAACUAUCGCCUUGGUCCCCGGUGCCUGGCACACCCCAGCCCACUACGAGGAGUUCCUCGCUAUCUUCGAAAAGGCCGGCUACCCAACCGCCUGUCUCCAGCUGCCUGGCGUUGACUCUGCUGCUCCCAAGGACGAGACCGUCGCCUCCAACGCCGCCUAUCUCCGCGAGAAGCUGCUGCUCCCUCUGCUCGACGACGGCAAGAAUGUCGUCCUGGUCAUGCACUCCUUUGGCGGCUGUGUUGGAAGCGUAGCCGCGGCCGGCCUCAGCAAGAAAGACCGUGGCUCCAGCGGCGGCGUCGUUGGCCUCAUCUUCAUCGCCGGCUUCCUGGCCAAGGAGAGCAUGUCUCUCUUCGAUGCCCUGGGCGGCAAGUUCGACGACUUUGUCAACGUCGAUGAGACCACCGGCCAGCUUACCCUCGACAACCCAACUGAUGUCCUCUUCCACGAUGUCCCAGGCGACGUUGCUGCAAAGGCUGCUGGCCAGCUUAAGCAGCAGGCCUUGUCUGUCCUGAAGAGCUCCAGCUCCGCUCCAGCCUGGCAGGAGGAGUUCUACAACGGUGGCCGACGAGGAUACAUCCGCGCCACCCAGGACCGUUGUGUCCCUGCUGCCAUCCAGACCAUGAUGCUGGACAAGAGCGGUCUGGACUGGAACAUCAAGGACAUCGAGACCAGCCACAGCCCCUACCUGAGCCACCCCCAGGAGACCUUUGAUAUCAUCAACGGCAUGAUCACCGCCAUCUGGAGCCAGUGA